AUGAAAUUGGCCAAGUUACUCUCCGGUUUAGUUUCAUUUCAAUUGAUAUCCCAUGUUUUUUCUGCUCCAACUUCAAAUGACAAUGACAAAAGGGAUGACAAUGUUGAUUCUGAUGAUGAUGUGGUUGUUGUAAAAUUGAAAACUACAAUUCAAACAACUCAAACAGAUACCCACAUUGUGCAUGCCCCAACUUCAACUUAUACUAGUUUGAUAGUCAGCGAAAGCGUUGUAACAGUGACACAUUACACUGCAACUGUUACUUCUACAAUUUGGGGUACUCCUCAUACGUAUGUUACUGUUGCGACAACUCCUGUAUCUGCAGCCGACGUUGAACCUAUUCCACAAAACGAGAUAACUGUAUCCGUCAAUGCAGGAGCAGUGCAACUGGCAAGCUCAAAUCAGAACCAAAUUAGCUUGCAACAAGUUGCUGCAGAACCAACCAGCACUAAUAAGGGCCUGUCUACAUCUACAUCUACAUCUACAAGUACAUCAUCGUCAUCAUCAUCAUCAUCAUCAUCAUCAUCAUCAUCAUCAUCAGUGUCCUCCUCCUCCUCCUCAUUGUCAUCGUCAGUAUCCUCACCCUCAAGCCCAGCUGCAAGUCCAGCAACUACUGCUAAAAUUGCUCAGACUACAAGUAGUUAUACCCCGAACCCAACCACAACAUCAUCUACAAAUGCGCAAAACUAUGUAUCUACCCUGAUAGUGACAAGAGUAACAACAAUCAGCGUGUCAAGUUCAAAUACAGCCACCAAUUCCAAUAACGAUAAUGGUCCGGUUCUAACAGAUGCUGCAGUUCCAUCAUCAACUGACUCUUGGAUAAUUGAAAAUGUUGUAACUACAACAUCAGAUGGAGUUUGCUAUAUUAAUUACGACUACUAUUAUGAGACUGAUACUGCAGAAGAAACAGUUACACUGACCUCUAUUAUUUACACAACUGUAACGCUCAGUUAA